GCGAUGGAUAUUAAGCUCACAGUAUAAAUAUGACGAGGUUGUGUCACUCACCUGUCCUUUCUGGUACGGCCACAGGUGGCUUUUGAAAUUCAGACCUCAGGUAACCCGAAGACAAAAUGGCACGAAAUCUUGCCCUGGCAGGGCUGGGUGUCCUUCUAUUCCUCCAGAUAGCCACGUCCACCAAGCUGGUGUGCUACUUUUCCAACUGGUCCCAGUACAGAAAUGGAAUUGGGAGGUUUACCCCCGCCAACUUGGACCCCUUCCUUUGCACUCACGUGGUGUACUUUCUCGCCACCAUCGAAGCUAACCAGAUCACAAUCACCGAGUGGAACGAUGCAGAGCAUUACAGGUCUUUGAACGGCCUGAAGACCAUCAACCCUCUGAUGAAGACUCUGCUGUCCGUUGGGGGGAGGUUCCAUGGGAUUAGCCCGUUCAUCGGGAUGGUCGCCACGGCAGAGAGCCGUCAGAUAUUCAUCGAGUCGUCCGUCCGCUUCCUGCGCCAGCAUGGCUUCGACGGUCUGGACCUGGCGUGGGACUACCCGGGCCAAAAUGGCAGCCCCGCCCAGGACAAGCAGAGAUUUACCGCCCUGGUCACGGAGCUCAAAAAAGCUUUUGAGGAUGAGGCCAGAGACACCGGGAAGCCCAGACUCCUGCUCUCUGCGAAGGUGGCGGCCAUUAGAUCUACAAUUGACUCUGGCUACGAGAUCCCCCAGCUGUCAAGCCAGCUGGACUUCAUCAGCGUCAUGACCUACGACUUCCACGGACACUGGGAGAUGUCCACGGGUCACAACAGUCCCCUCUACCCCAGCUCCCGCGACCCAGGAUCCCAAGCUCACCACAACGUCGACUCUGCUCUUAGAUACUGGAUGGAUAAUGGAGCCCCAGCAGAGAAGCUUCUCAUGGGCUUCCCCACGUACGGACGCACCAACAAACUCACGUCCUCCAUGACCGGUCCGGGCGCCCCGUCCUUGGGACCGGCCAACGCUGGGCCUUACACCUUGGAGCCCGGCUUCUGGUCUUACUAUGAGGUCUGCUCCUUCAUCACAAGUGCCACUGUCGGCUGGAUUGAGGAGCAGAGAGUUCCCUACGCCACUCAGGGUGACUCAUGGGUGGGCUAUGACAACAAGGAGAGCUUCACAAACAAGGUUCAAUGGAUACAGCGCAACAACUUGGGGGGAGGCUUUGUGUGGUCCCUGGACCUGGAUGACUUUGCGGGGCAGUUCUGUGCAGAUGGGAAAUAUCCUCUUGUUAACCACCUCCGUACCUCACUUGGUUUUCCACUAAAACCGACCACCACCCCUGGCCCCGCCACCACCCCGGAUCCCAACUCCUCGUUCUGCAAAGGCCGGCCAGACGGGCUGUACCCCAACCCCAACGACAACGCCACCUUCUUCCAGUGUUCCUUUGGAAACACCCACACCCACCGCUGCCAGCCGGGCCUGGUCUACGUCGACGCCUGCAAGUGCUGCAACUGGCCGUGAGGUGGGGGGGAGGAGCCAUGAGCUCAGCUUCCUUACAGGCCUCCCAUUGGCCAGCCCACUGCCCCUGUUCCUCUGCGCUGCUCACCUUCUGCUCCCAUUCCGAGCUAAAAUGGCCGAUCGAUAGAUAGCCUACAGUCAUUCACUGCUUUAAAUACAUAGAUAAAUGUGAAAGUGUGAAAAUCACAAGUACUGCUGGAGUUUUGUUGCUUGCCUUUUGUGUAUGUAUCAUUUUAUACGAAUAUAUAAUGAUUACACAAUCAAAUGGUUAAACAAUAUGUAUAGUUUAUUUUUACUUGGUUAUAGUUUAUACAAUAUUGUUUAAUCACUGUAUAACAAUUUGUUUUACAACUGCCAAAGUCCAAAGGCCUACGUGAACAUGAAGCUUUCACUAUUCUCAAGAAAUGUCGUAAAAUAUGUACACCAAUAAGCACAUUUCCAAAAAUAAACAUGUUUCAUUUCGCUCCAAAGACAAAGUGAUGAUUGUAUUAAACCACAUGCCGCUUAUUGUUUUGACCCAUUGA